CAAAGAAGAGUGGUGAAAAUCCUCUUCCUCCUGCUUUAGCCUCCAUUUCACACUACAAACACCGCUGUUGUAGAAGGAGUACAAGGCAUGACCCCAUGCGGCGCAUGCAAGUACCAACGGCGGAGGUGCGGAUCGGAUUGCCUGCUGGCGCCGUAUUUCCCGGCUGAGAGCAUUCAGCGGUUCGCGGUCGUGCACCACGUGUUCGGCGGGGGCAACGUGAGUAACAUUUUGAAGUCGACGUCGCCGGAGUCGCGGAAGUGGGUGGCGAGGGCGCUGGCGUACCAAGCGGAGGCGCGUGUGAGAGACCCGGUGCACGGGUGCGUGGGGUUGAUAUGGGAGCAGGAGGCGAGUCUGGGAAUCCUGAAAGAGAAGCUGCAGAAAGCGAAAAGGGAACUGGCCCAAUACGUGGGCCCAUACGUUAUGCAAAAGAUGAUUGCGUGUUUCUCCGAUCCGCUUGCGAAUAUGGUGGACCUUCAGGCUCCUCUCUCUGCCACCGUUGAUGAUUUUGAUCUUUCUUCAUGGGAUCCUUUUCCGGCUUGGGAGUCUCCUUCUUCCUCGCGCUGCCAGCCACCUCAAGCCGACAGAAAGGGUAAGAGUGUUGCUCCUCCUUCUUGAACCAAAUUCAUACUCUUCUUCUUCCUAUUCUCCACCGACCAUUAUGCCGUUUCGGCUACAUUUUAGGUUUUUAUUCUAUCAAUUACAUCCUCCUUCUUUUUUCUGCUUGAGUUGUUAUUGAUCCGAGAUGAAGUAUCUAGAGACAGAGAUAAUCAGUGACGAUCUAUUAAUUACAUGAUUAAAUCAAUAUUAUUAUAUAUUUUUAAGAUAAAUUUGAUAA